AGGGCUGGGGUGCCCGCGCUGGUUUCGGGGCGCGAUGGGUGGGGAGCGGAGGGGAGGGCUACAUAGAAGGCGGGCGUACUAGGCACUUCCUUUUCCUGCGGAGCCGCCGCGUCGGGAGGAGCGUGGCUGUCUCUUCUCCCCGCCAUGGCGUGUGCUCGUCCCCUCAUAUCAGUGUACUCUGAAAAGGGGGAGUCAUCUGGCAAAAAUGUCACUUUGCCAGCUGUGUUCAAGGCUCCCAUUCGACCGGAUAUCGUGAACUUCGUUCACACCAACUUAAGAAAAAAUAACAGACAGCCCUAUGCCGUCAGUGAAUUGGCAGGUCAUCAGACCAGCGCUGAGUCUUGGGGUACUGGCAGAGCUGUCGCUCGAAUUCCCAGAGUUCGAGGUGGUGGGACCCACCGUUCUGGCCAAGGUGCCUUUGGAAAUAUGUGUCGGGGAGGCCGCAUGUUUGCUCCAACCAAAACCUGGCGUCGUUGGCACCGAAGAGUGAACACAACCCAAAAGCGAUAUGCCAUCUGCUCUGCCCUGGCUGCCUCUGCCUUACCAGCUUUGGUCAUGUCUAAAGGUCAUCGUAUUGAAGAAGUUCCUGAACUUCCUUUGGUGGUAGAAGACAAGGUUGAAGGUUACAAGAAGACCAAGGAGGCUGUUCUGCUUCUUAAGAAACUGAAAGCCUGGAAUGACAUCAAAAAGGUCUAUGCCUCUCAGCGAAUGAGAGCUGGUAAGGGCAAAAUGAGAAACCGCCGUCGGAUCCAACGCAGGGGGCCCUGCAUCAUCUAUAAUGAGGACAAUGGUAUCAUCAAGGCUUUCAGAAACAUCCCUGGUAUUACUCUGCUUAAUGUGAGCAAGCUGAAUAUUUUGAAACUUGCUCCUGGUGGGCAUGUGGGACGUUUCUGCAUUUGGACUGAAAGUGCUUUCCGGAAGUUGGAUGAGUUGUAUGGGACUUGGCGUAAGGCUGCUUCCCUCAAGAGUAACUAUAACCUUCCCAUGCACAAGAUGAUGAAUACAGACCUUAGCAGAAUCUUGAAAAGCCCAGAGAUCCAAAGAGCCCUCCGAGCACCACGCAAGAAGAUUCAUCGCAGAGUCCUGAAAAAGAAUCCACUGAAGAACCUGAGAAUCAUGUUAAAGCUAAACCCAUAUGCAAAGACUAUGCGCAGGAACACCAUUCUUCGCCAGGCCAGAAAUCACAAACUCCGGGUGAAGAAACUGGAAGCAGUAGCAGCAGCACUGGCAGCCAAAUCAGAGAAGGGGGCAGCAGAGAAGAGGGCUGCAGCCCCUGCAGAGAAAGGAGCAGCAGAGAAGAGGGCUGCAGCCCCUGCAGAGAAGGGGGCUGCAAGCAAGAAGCCUAUGGAGAAGAAGAAAGCAAAGCUGCCUGUGGAUGUCAAGAAGCUGAGGGAAAGAAAGAAAAAGAAGCCUGUGGGAAAAAAGCCCGAAGCUACCAAGAAACCAGCAAGUGAAAAGAAGCCCGCAGCAAAGAAGCCUGCCACAGAAGAAAAGAAGCCUGCUGCAUAACCUAUUGAAAUCUCUAUUCCAUAAAGAGCAAAUAGAGACAAUGUAUUUGAAUAAAGACCUGAUCAAACAUUCAGUGAGAAACUGUGAA